GGGUGGAGCAGCGCUGCCUCCCCGUGUCCGCAGCCCCGAGGUGGAGUGCAGGAGCACGCGCUUCGCCAUGCUGAAGGAGCAGCGCUCGGUGACCGGAGACGUGACUGCCUUCGAUGGCUCCAUCCUCUACCUGCCCAUCCUGCUGCCUCAGUCGGUCAGCCUGAAGGCUCAGAGGAGGGUGGACGGGGAGGAGGUCAGCAUCACCAUCCAGAUCACCAAGGUCCUGGAGCCCAGCUCCGACCUCUGCAUCCCCUUCUACAGCGUGGUGUUCCGCAGGGUGAUGAGGAUCUUAGACAUGAAGCUGGUCGGGAGAAAUUUCUUUGACCCUUCCCAGGCCAGCAUGUUACAGCAUUACAGGCUGCAGAUCUGGCCGGGGUACUCCGUCAGCAUCCGCAGGAGGGACGGCGGGCUCUUCCUCCAGGUGGACACCGUCCACAAGGUGAUCCGGAGCGACUCUGUCCUGGCUUCCAUGCACGCCAUCUACAAGCAGAACGCCGCCGGCUUCCAGGACGAGUGCACCAAGCAGCUGGUGGGCAGCAUGGUCAUCACCCGCUACAACAACCGCACCUACCGCAUCGACGACAUCGACUGGGACAAGACCCCCAGGGACAGCUUCACCCUGGCCAGCGGCGAGGAGAUCACCUUCGUGGACUACUACAGCAAAACGUACGGGAUCACAGUGCGGGAGCUGGACCAGCCGCUGCUCAUUCACAGGCCCAAGGAAAAGAGGAUGCCAGGGAGGAAGCCCCAUGUGGAGAUGAUCCUGCUGGUGCCGGAGCUCACCUUCCUCACCGGCGUCUCCGAGAUCAAGAAGGACAGCCGCAUGCUGAAGGACGUGAUGCGCGAGAUGCUGCAGAGCCCCCAGCAGCACUACGAGCGCCUCUGCAGCCUCCUGCGCCGGAUCCGGGAGAGCCAGGAGGCCUCGCACGAGCUCGUGCGCUGGGGCCUGGUCCUGAGCCAGGACAUCCACAGGACCCAGGGACGCAUCCUGCCCACGGAGAGGAUCAACCUGAGGCACAGCUCCUUCUUCCCCGCCGAGGACCUGAGCUGGAGCAAGGAGGUGUCACGGGAGGCCUCCAUCUCCACGAUCUCCAUGAACUACUGGCUGCUGGUCUACCCGCGGCGCCUGCAGGACCUCAUGAAGGACCUGGUGGCCACCAUGAAGAGCGUGUGCGGCCCCAUCGGCAUGCACGUCAACGCGCCCGCCUUGGUGGAGCUGAAGGACGACCGCAUCGAGACCUACGUCAAGACGAUCCGCGGCGUUCUGGGCAGCGAGGACAAUGUGCAGCUGCUGCUCUGCAUCACCAGCAGGAGCAAGGAGGAUUUGUACAGCGCCAUCAAGAAGCUGUGCUGCGUGCAGUCCCCGGUGCCCUCGCAGGUCAUCAACGUGCAGUCCCUGAUGGGCCAGUCCAGCAAGAUGCGGACCAUCGUCCAGAAGGUUUUGCUGCAGAUCAACUGCAAGCUGGGCGGCGAGCUCUGGGGGGUCGACGUCCCCCUGAAGCAGCUGAUGGUCAUCGGGAUGGAUGUCAGCCACGGCAGGGGGACGCGCUCCGUCAUCGGCUUCGUCGCCAGCAUCAACCAGGUCCUGACCAAGUGGUACUCGAGGGUGGUCUUCCAGAUGCCCCAGCAGGAGAUCGCCGACAGCCUGCGGCUCUGCCUGGCCGAUGCCCUGCAGCACUUCCACGAGAUGAACCACUGCCUGCCCAAGAAGAUCGUGGUGUACCGGGACGGCGUCUCCGACGGGCAGCUGGACACGGUGGUCAAGUACGAGAUCCCGCAGCUGCAGAAAUGCUUCGACACCUUCGAGAACUACCGGCCCAGCAUGGUGGUCGUGGUGGUGCAGAAGCAGAUCAGCGCCAACUUCUACACCGACACCUCGGAGAGGCUGGCGUCCCCCCCGGCGGGGACGGUCGUGGACCACACCAUCACCAGCACGGACUGGCAGGAUUUUUACCUGCUGGCUCACCGCGCCCGCCAGGGCUGCAGCAUCCCCACGCGCUACAUCUGCGUGCUGAACACGGCCAACCUCAGCGCCGAGCACCUGCAGAGGCUGACCUUCAAGCUGUGUCACCUCUACUGGAACUGGCCGGGCACCAUCCGCGUGCCGGCGCCCUGCAAGUACGCGCACAAGCUGGCCUUCCUGGCGGGGCAGGUGCUGCGCCACGAGCCGGCCGCGCAGCUCCGCGACAGGCUCUUCUUCCUCUGAGGCCUUCCUCCCCUCCCGGGGGGGGGGCCCAAAGCUUCGGGGUUUGGUUUUUGGGGCGGUU